AUGCCCCGUCAGGCCCAGCAGAACCCCAUCGUUAUUUCCGACGAGGAAACUGCAUCAGAAAUCGACCAACCUCAGCCCUCAAGCGGAAAAGCCCUAGGCAAACGCAAAAUCGACGUCGAUUUCGAAGAGAAAGAAGUGUGGGACGCAGAUUCCGACCUUGAGCUGCUCCCCAAGCCCAAGAAGCGGAGAGGCCAGCGUGCUCCCGCUAGCAAGGGGAAAAAAGACAAGACCAAGACUAAGAUCAAGGGCACGGGUACGGGCAGACCGUCCAGGAAAAGCGCUUUUGCCAAGCUAGACAUCGAUGACACCGAGGAGCCUGACGACCUCGAUGUCGCCGAAGCGCCGGAUUACCUGAAGGAGCGCAGGAAAAAGUUCGAUCAAAACCGCGAAAGGUUGCAGGAUGCCGGCCUUCUACUGCCGCCCGACUAUUUCGACGUCGUCUUCUCUGACGAUGAUCGACUGGACGUCCUGGAACGCCGACCCAAGUUCGAAGAGAGCACCAAGAUCAAGCCCUGCCGGCCUUACGAAGAAGUCGAGCUCGAGUAUUCGGCAGGAAUCAUACCUGCUUCCAUCGCGCAGUAUCUACGCGAGUACCAGAUCGUCGGCGUCAAGUUUCUGCAUCGUCUUUUCGUUUACCAGAGAGGUGGCAUACUCGGGGAUGACAUGGGUCUCGGGAAGACGGUGCAGGUUGCCACCUUUCUCACCGCGGCCUUUGGGAAGACCGCCGACGAGCGUGACCGGAAACGUUUGAAGAAGAUCCGUGAUGUAUCCGGUCGCUGGUAUCCGAGAAUCUUGAUCAUCUGUCCGGGAUCCAUCAUCGAAAACUGGAAGAACGAACUGAACCGUUGGGGCUGGUGGAAGGUCGACGUCUUCCACGGCGCAGGGAAAGAGGACGUGCUCUCCACUGCGAAGGCGGGCCGGACAGAAAUCAUGAUCACGACCUAUACGACGUACAAAAAUCACAAGAGCUUGGUAAACACAGUCAAAUGGGAUGCCGUCAUCGCCGACGAAUGCCACCAAAUGAAGGAAAGGAGCUCCGAGACUGCCAAGGCGAUGAACGACGUGAACGCGCUCUGCCGCAUCGGUUUGACGGGCACGGCCAUUCAGAACAAGUACGAAGAGCUAUGGACUCUGUUGAACUGGACAAAUCCAGGCCAUUUCGGGACCUUGGGAGAAUGGAACAACACCAUCACCAAGCCACUGACGCGAGGCCAGUCUCACGAUGCAACCUUGAAUCAAUUACGAGAUGCCCGGGUCACUGCCAGGAAGCUUGUCACUAACCUGCUCCCCGGAUUUUUCCUGCGCCGAAUGAAAACCUUGAUAGCACAUCAGCUACCCAAGAAGAGUGACCGAGUCGUCUUUUGCCCGCUCACCGAGCAGCAACAGGAAGCAUACAAGAACUUCAUCAAUAGGCCUGAUGUCGAGCUUCUUCGUACCCUUUCGAAUCCCUGCGAAUGCGGGUCGGGUGUUGGUCAAGGCUGGUGCUGUCGGAAGACGCUCGACGACGGAACGUCGUGGCAGUCAAUUAUCUUCCCCUGUGUCACAACGCUACAAAAGCUGUCGAACCACCUCACCCUUCUAAUCCCUGCCGGGGGAGGCGAGCAAGAUGAAAAGCAAAAAAGAGAGAUGCGCACACUGCAGACCUGUUGUCCGGAGUCGUGGCACCAACUAUACGCGAACAGAGACGCGAUCAUGAAUCUGGCCAACCCCGAAUUCUGUGGCAAAUGGAAGGUUUUAAAGAAGCUGCUCAAGUUCUGGCACGACAGCGGCGACAAAGUCCUGGUCUUCUCGCACAGCGUCCGGCUGCUUCGGAUUUUGCAGCACCUGUUCCACAACACCAGCUACAGCGUCACGUAUCUGGAUGGUUCGGUGACGUACGAGGACAGGCAAAAGGCCGUAGACGACUUCAACUCCGACCCGACUCAGUUUGUUUUUUUGAUUUCGACCAAGGCCGGCGGUGUGGGCCUGAAUAUCACUUCGGCAAACAAGGUGGUGAUUGUUGACCCUCACUGGAACCCCUCGUACGAUCUCCAGGCCCAGGACCGAGCGUAUCGCAUUGGCCAGGUGCGGGAUGUCGACGUCUUCCGGCUGGUCUCGACCGGCACUAUCGAGGAGAUUGUCUACGGCAGGCAGAUUUACAAACAGCAGCAGGCCAACAUCGGCUACACGGCGUCGUCGGAGCGCCGGUACUUCAAAGGUGUCCAGCAGGACUCUGAACGCAAGGGAGAGAUCUUUGGGUUGGAGAACCUCUUCACGUAUCGCGAAAACCAGCUCGUGAUCCGUGAUAUUGUCAACAAGACCAACAUUGCCGAGGCAAAAGCAGGAACGGGCAUCGCAAUGACCACGGUCGACAUGGAGAAGCUUGCAAAGGAGGAGAAAGUGGAACUCGCCCCCUUGAAGCAACAACCAUCCCUGGACUCUGAAGACGGUGACACGGGCCAGCUCGCCACGUUCCUGGCCGCUAAAAAGUCCAAUGCCGAUGGCUCCGAGAAAGCCCAGCAGGCCAAGAGUGAUGCUGUCCAGGCCAUCCUGUCGGCGGCGGGUGUCGAGUACACGCACGAAAACUCGGAAGUGAUUGGGACGUCCAAAGUCGAGGAGCAGCUGUCCCGCAAGGCGGAAAUGGCGGCCAGCUCUGACGUGGACGGAGAGGGCGACAGCGCCUUGUUCGCAGACAGCCAGGUGUUUGACGAGCAGGCGCAGAAGCUGAAAGGGUUCUCGUACAUGUACAACCCCCCGGAGGAUGUCAUGCGACGGCAAUUUUGCUCCAUGGCACGGGAAUUCGGCUUCGCGACCGCGACGGAGUUCGCUCUGGUAGUCGGCAGCUGGACGCAGGCCCAGAGGCGGAAUUGCCUCGAGGCGUUUUACAAGAUUCGCGAGGGCAAGCUGCUAGCUGAGGAGACAGUCAAGGCGGAGAUGCAGGCCGAGGAACUGGCUGCCAAAGAGGAUUCGCCGAGGCCGAAAGAUGAGGUCAAAGAGGAGUUGGGGGUGAAGGUCGAGGAGAGGAAGGACAACGUCAUGGUCGUUGACAAUAACGCUGAAACCGAGGAGGAAGACGAUGAGGACGCUGUCAAGGAAGAAGGGGUCAAGGAGGAACCCGAGAUGGUAAAGCUAGAGACUGAGGUAGUCUCAAAGAGGACGUCGGUCUUCAUCUACGAUACGGACGACGACGGUACGGAUGAGCUUUGA